AAGGCCUCUAUUGUUUGGCUGAAAGGCAGGCGUGGAAGAGCUAUUCCAGCUUUACAGAGAACGGGGACAGUGAUUCCUAUGUGUGAUGCGCCUGUUUAAAAGGUGAUUGUUCAGCCCCAAUGAAGUCAGGAUAAUACUCCACCUUCAUCACGGAACGUCCACUUCCCUGUCCGAAUGGCGGAGAUGGCUGGGCUGGGCUCAGACGAGGGAGCGACAGGCUUGGGGGAGGUGGACUGUCAGUUGGAGAUUGAGAGGAAGUAUGAGGUCAUCCCUGCUGUCAUCUGCUCCAUGUGCUGCCUCUUUGGAAUUAUCUACUGCUUUUUUGGAUACCGCUGCUUCAAAGCUGUCAUGUUCCUCUCGGGCCUGAUGUUCGGUUCCGUCAUUAUCUUCUUGCUGUGUCAUAAAGAGCGAGUGUUGGACACGCAGCUGAGCGUGGAGGCCAGUGCAGGGAUUGGUCUGGGCAUCGGGCUGCUCUGUGGCCUUGUCACCAUGCUGGUCCGCAGCGUUGGUCUCUUUAUGACUGGCCUCCUUCUGGGCCUCCUGCUCGCUCUCGCUGGCUUGUUGGUCACUCACCAAUUUUACACGCCUGGCACUGUUUGGGUUCCCCUGGGUGCUCUUCUUGGCGCAGGCAUGCUCUGUGCUGUCUUAACCCUUCAGUGGCAGAAGCUCUUCACCGUGCUCUCCACAGCAGUGUUUGGUGCGGCCAUCAUGACAGUGUGUGCCGAUUACUUUGUGGAGAUGCUGGCCCUGGUCAGUCACAUGUAUGAAUGCCUGCGUCUGGUUCCCACCCCCAAACCCCUCUGCUGGUACAGCUGGGUCAUCCUGGGCAUCUGGCCUACGCUCAGCAUCAUGGGUGUGCUAGUGCAGUGGAAGCUCACGGCUGAAGGAUUCUCACACACAGAAGUUAUCAUCAGCAGAAGGCAGAAGAGAGUCCAACUCAUGAAAAUAAGACAGAAGGACGCUAAAAAGCUCCAGCUGUCUGGCGGUCAGGAGGGAACAUAUCGUCGCAAACCAACUCCCGUAAAACGCUACGCUGGAGAUCUUCUAGCACCAAGCUACCUGCAGAGUCUUCGGGACCGUCAGAUGGGAACAGGCACAUCUCUGAGCAGCCUGAGCACCACCAACCACACCGUGGUUGACUUUGACUAUGAGACUGGCUCCACAGUACCGCUCACAGCCACCACGCCACCAGCUCGCUCCUGAGUUCCAUCAAGAGACCACAGCACUAACAGCCUGAGGAGAGUGCACAGUAGCAUGGUACACUGAGGGUCAAUAAAAGAUUCUGACCUUAGUGACAUUUAUCAGGAUACACGUUUAGUCUAUAUUGUGGGAAUUUGAAAACACUAGGACUUGACGGCAGAUCAAACUGUGCACAGAUAUGUGUUAGGCCUGUUUAUAACAUUAGUUUUGCUCUUCAUUUGUCAACAAACCAAUUUAACAGUAUUUAUUGUUCUAUUGCUCAGCCCCUAUUUUAGAACUUCCUUACUUUUACCAUCAAUCUAAUCCAAAUUUUAAGUUUGCCACCUUCACCCAGCCAGUACAUACUGUCUGCUUAGGUUUAAUAUAGCUGUUAUGACUUCUGAAAGGGGAAGUCAACGAACUUUUUGAAAUUUCUGUGUUAUUUAAUGCUUGAGAAGUGAACAAAGUCAUUCAGAGUGGUUUCGUGUGAGAUUGUAGAGUCAGAUUUCUCUACAGUGGUGGUGAUGGGAAU